AUGGCGAAUGCAUUUUUCAAGAACCGUAGGGUCUACCUCUUGACCCUGGUGGCGUACAUGGGAUCCUUCCUUUUCGGAUACGACACUGGUGUCAUGGGAUCUGUCCUGGAACUGGAAAGCUUCAAAAGCGACUUCGGCAUGGCUGCCUCGUCGACAGGCUUCAGCAACGGCAAAAAUGCAGAGAUCUCCUCCAACGUCGUAUCACUACUCACCGCUGGAUGUUUCUUCGGCGCCCUCUCUGCACCUUGGUUGAACGAACGUCUUGGUCGCCGAUACUCUCUGAUGAUCUUCAGCGUCAUCUUCAUGAUUGGUGCUGCCGUCCAGACUGGAGCUUCACACGCGAUUGGCACGAUCUAUGGCGGUCGUGUCAUCGCUGGUCUGGGUAUCGGUGGCAUGAGUGCCAUCACGCCUGUCUUCGUCUCUGAGAACUGUCCUGCCAAUGUCCGUGGUAGGAUUUCUGGUCUCUUUCAGGAAUUCUUGGUGCUUGGUGUCAUGUUCAGUUAUUGGCUAUGCUAUGGCGUCAAGAAGAACAUUGCUCCCUCUGCAAUGCAAUGGCGUGUUCCUGUGGGUCUCCAGUUGGUCCCUUCAGGUAUCAUGUUCUGUGGUCUCUGGUUCCUCAAGGAGUCUCCCCGCUGGUUGGCGAAAAAUGACCGCCAUGAUGAAGCUUUGGCGUCACUCGCAUACAUUCGCUGUGUUCCCACUGAUGAUCCUGAAGUCCUUCAGGAGCUUGCGGAAAUUCGCGCGUCCGUGGAAGAAGAAUUCUUGGCAACCGAGGGUCUCAGCUGGAAAGAGUGUCUGAAGCCUGGAUACCGCGAACGCUUCGGUCUCGCCUUCUGUAUCAUGUUCUGGCAGCAAUGGUCGGGAACCAAUUCGAUUGGAUACUAUGCACCACAAGUGUUUGCGUCAGUAGGCCUUACUGGCUCCAGUACCUCGCUCUUCGCCACUGGUAUCUAUGGUACUGUGAAGGUCAUCGCUACUGGAAUUUUUCUCAUCAUCGGUAUCGAGCGCUUCGGUCGCAAGUGGCCACUGGUUGCUGGAGCCUGGUGGAUGGCCGCUUGCAUGUUCAUUAUCGGUGCUCUUCUUGUCUCCUUCCCACCAGACCCUGAUGCCGGAUCGGUGAGCUCUCCCUCCAUCGCUAUGGUAGUCAUGAUAUACUUGUAUGUCAUUGGCUACUCUGCUAGCUGGGGUCCUGUACCAUGGGUGUACGUGGCAGAGAUCUUUCCUACGAGGUUGAGAGCCUAUGGAGUUGCUCUCGCUUCCGCUACUCAGUGGCUAUUCAACUUUGUCGUCACGAAAGUCACACCCGCAGCGAUCAAUAGCAUCGGCUGGCGCACCUUCAUCAUGUUCGGAUGCUUCUGUACCGCCAUGGGAGCCUUCGUUUUGAUUUUUCUCAAGGACACAACUGGGCGCAGUUUGGAAGAGAUGGAUAUUCUGUUUGGAGCUGUUACACCCGAGCAAAGAAGAAAAGACGUUGAGUUGGCUGUUGCGGAAGAAUACAAAGCUGAUCCUCAUGCUGAACACGUUGAUUGUGUUGAAGAGGAGAAGGUGUUCAAGGAUAGAGAUGUCAAGUGA